AUGUGUGACAGAUCAAUCGUAGAAGGUGUUCCGAAACAUCCACUAAAAUAUACUGAAGGUCCACCACCUCGUUAUCUCAACGUAUCGUUAGCGGCUUUUGGUUACACUUGUUACAAUCGCAAGUGGGUCUCUGCACAAACCCUAGAACUUGGCAAAACCCCCGUGCGAGACGCACCGGAACCUAACCCAACCUCAGAGGGUGCCACAACCACCACCACCACAUCCGCCUUGCCCACAGCCACUUUGACACCUCAGAGACAUAAAUCGACCUCUCCCGCCUCCUUAUCGGGAAAUGGACCAGUGCAAAGACCUCUUCAUUUGGAUUUUCACGAUGUUUGCAAUGGACCAGAUAUGACUUACUUUGUUCGUCGUGUAGCGAACAGCCUUGUGGUAGGCGUAUUUACAAUCUCGAAGUAUGAAAUGUUGUUGCAUUCUUAUGCCACAGUUUGUGGACAUAGUCUAGACUGUUUAAUUCCAAGCAGCCUUAAAAUGACUGAAUGUUCACCUGUUUUUUGCCGGUUUAAUUACGCAAAUCAUUGA